GAGUAGAGUUUAGUUCACUCUGCCAGAGAAGGUGUUUGAAAAUUUCCUCCUUGGCAAAGGAGGUUCAUUUUCAAGGAUUCUUCUUCUUCUUCUUCCUCCGUUGCUGUAAUAUCAUCAAAGGAUCAAUCGUAAUCGGAGAGAUCGCGGCUUCCCUCAGGUAACUCUUGGGCUUAAACUAUAGAUGGCAGGCCAGAUGACAAGGUCAAGAAGACUAGAAACUCAGCAGCAGGAACAGUCAAGGGCUAAAUGGACAACAUCACUCACUAAGAUACUUGCAGGGCUGAUGGUGGAUCAAGUACAUAAGGGGAAUAAAAAUAACAAUUCAUUUAAUAAGAAAGCAUGGGAAUAUAUUUGUGAUGGAUUUCACCAAAAAACGGGUCUGAAAUGGGACAAGGAACAACUCAAAAACCGAUACUCUGUCUUAAGGAGGCAAUACGCCACUGUAAAGCCCAUUCUUGAUGGUAGUGACUUCAGCUGGGAUGAAGCCACGGGACAUGUAACGGCGAAUGAUGAAAUUUGGGCUGAAUACAUCAAGAAACAUCCUGAUGCUGAGACUGUUAAAAGUGGUGGCUGUUCAAUCUUUAAGGAGCUAUGCAUAAUAUUUUCUGAGCCAGCAACCAAUGGAAAGUAUGAGUUCUUAGAUGCAACUGAGGGUGAGCAUACUCCUAGAACUCCUUUUCCAGAGUUCUUGAGCACGCCCCAAGACCAAGAGGAGUCUUCAUCUGAAUACGAGGACGAGGAAAAUGCUAAUGACCCUCAAACAGUUCAACCUACCGCAACUUCUACUCGCAAAAGAGGGCGUAGAGGAGUUGAUGAUGCCAUUGCAGAGGCCAUAUUGGAGAUGGCAUCAGCUUCAAAGAUGAGGGUAGCUGCGAUCGAGCAACUUAACGCUAGAUAUAGCAUGGCUGACUGUAUUAAGGACUUAGAUUUGAUGCAAGGUGUUGAUCAACAGCUGUAUUUUGCUGCUCUAGAUCUGUUCAACAAACCUAAUGCAAGGGAGAUAUUUUUGUCUCUCAAAAGGGAUAAACGUUUAACUUGGUUGCGUCGCAAGUGUGCUGUUGCAUACAAUAGAAUAGGUUGAAAACAUGUGAAAAAAAAAUCCUUUUGCUAA